AUGGGCAAGACAAAGGAUGCGAAGGCUUCCAAGAAGGCCGACCGCGUGAGCGCCGUCAAGGCCGCUGGUGUCACCAAGGCUACCGAGAGCCCCAAGGCCAAGUCUAAGCAGGUCGCCAAGGAGGUUGCCUCCAAGAUCAGCUCCAAGGAGCUCAAGAAGAAGAAGAAGGUCGAGUCCGAGUCUGAGAGCUCCUCUGAGGAGGAGGAGUCCGACUCUGACUCCUCUGACAGCGAGUCUGAGGAUGACAAGAAGAUGGCCGACGCUGCUUCCGACUCGUCCGACUCUUCUGACUCCGACUCCGACUCUGAGGAGGAGAAGCCUGCUCCCAAGGCCAAGAAGGCCGCGGCCAAGCCCGUCACCAACGGCAAGGCCAAGAAGGCCGAGUCCUCCGACGAGGAGUCUUCCGACGACUCGGACUCCGAGUCUGAGGACGAGAAGCCUGCCGGCGUCAAGCUGAACGGCGCCAAGAAGGCCGCCGAGUCCGACUCUGACUCUGAUUCCUCUGACUCUGACGAGGAGGAGAAGCCUUCCAAGAAGGCUGAUGCUGAGGACUCUUCGGACGAUUCUGACGACUCCGAUGACUCGGACGACUCCGACUCUGAGGAGACUGAGGAGAAGAAGCCCGAGCCUUCCAAGAAGCGGAAGGCCGAGGAGGAGGCUGAGGCCCCCAUCAAGAAGACCAAGAACGAGGGUUCCGAGGAGGAGUACGACACCCUCUUCGUUGGCAACCUGGGCUGGGGUGUCGACGAUGAUGCCCUCUACCAGGCCUUCGCGGAGUGCACCGGCCUCAAGACUGCCCGUGUCGUCACCGACAAGGCUCUUCAGCGGUCGCGCGGUUUCGGUUAUGUCGACUUCGAGACCCACGAGAAUGCAAAGGCUGCUUUCGAGAGCAUGAACGAGUUCGAGCUCCAGGGCCGCCCUCUCAGACUCGACCCCUCCAAGCCUCGCCCUGCUGAGCAGGAGGGUGCCCCUGCCCGCGCCGACCACCGUGCCAAGCAGUUCGGUGACUCUGCCAGCCCCGAGAGCGAUACUCUCUUCGUCGGCAACCUGCCUUUCGACGCUGAUGAGGACAUGGUCACCCAGUUCUUCAGCGAGAUUGGUGAGAUCAAGAGCGUGCGCCUGCCUACCGACAUGGAGUCUGGUCAGCGCAAGGGUUUCGGUUACGUCACAUUCGCGUCCAUUGAGGAGGCCAAGACUGGCUACAACAACCUGAACGGCUCGUACAUUGGUGAGGGUCGUGGUGCUCGCGCCAUUCGCCUUGACUUCGCUGGUCAGCGUCCUCAGCGUGAGGGCGGUGGCGGCGGUGGCUUCGGCGGUGGUCGUGGUGGUGGUCGUGGCGGCGGCCGUGGUGGCUUCGGUGGCCGUGGUGGUGGCCGCGGUGGAUUCGGCGACCGCGGUGGUCGUGGUGGCGGUCGCGGUGGUGGCCGUGGCGGAUUUGGUGGCCGCGGUGGCAGCUCUGGCUUCCAGGGCAAGAAGAUCACCUUCUAA